AUGGGAAUUGAAGGUCUGCGUACUUUUAAACCUGUAGAUAUGGACAAAUUUUCAACCCCGCCAGGUUUUGUAUCUCAAACAUCAUUUGUGCUGAGGAAUGUACACCGAGACAAAGAAAGUUCCAGGUCUGUGUCGGAACAAGAGCAGAUAGCUGGAUUCGGUACAGAUGAUGCAGCUAGUUUCAAGAAGUUCCUUACAAACAGACCUUGGAUUGUGCAUGCUCACACAACUCCCUUAAAGCCAAUGAAAUCUGAGGUACAUGCAAGACGGGUACCCAAAGCUUCCGAGACCAAAGCCCUUGAGGAAGCUCCCGUGUUUAACCCAACGGAAGAGGAAUUCAGUGACACGGUAUCAUAUAUAGCAAGCUUGCGUGACAGAGCUGAGCCUUAUGGAAUCUGUUGUGUUGUUCCUCCUCCUUCAUGGAAACCUCCGUGUCUUCUCGAGGAGAAAAAAGUAUGGGAGGAUUCCAGAUUUUUCACUCAAGUUCAGCUCUAUGAUGGAUAUCGAACCGAGAACCCAAUGAUUAAAAAGGAGGCUGAUGUGGAUAGUGAUGAUGCUGCAUCUGAGAAGGCUAAGUUUUGUAGAAUAGAACGCGGUCCUAGUCAUACUUUGGAGAGCUUUAAAAGCUUUGCUGAUUCAUACAAGAAGAGGCAUUUUAGCAUAAAGGAUGAGGUUUUGGGCUCCAAGAACUCAUCUCCAUCACCAAAACCAAAGGAGCCAACCACAGGAGACAUUGAAAAAGAGUACAGACAACUUGUUGAGAGUCCACUUGUUGAAAUUGGGGUGCUUUAUGGCAAUGAUCUAGACACCAGAACGUUUGGCAGUGGAUUUCCUUCACCUGGACCAUCUGAAUCUAGCAAGUACAGAACGUCAGGUUGGAAUCUGAACAAUACGGCUAAGCUUCCUGACUCUCUUCUAUCUUUUGAAGACUGCGAAUCAAUUUGUGUUCCUCGCCUAAGUGUAGGAAUGUGCCUGUCUUCCCAGUUGUGGAAAUCUGAGAAGGAGAGACUCUACUCGCUCUGCUAUUUGCAUGUGGGAGCUCCUAGAGUGUGGUAUUCUGUAGCAGGAUGUCAUCGAUCUAAGUUUAAGGCUGCCAUGCAGAGAUUAUUACCUGAGAUGUCAGGAGAACAGCUAAAGAUGGGUCAUGAUCCUGUGAUGAUGAUGUCUCCAUACGUAUUGAGCAUGGAGGGUAUACCAGUAACCCGGUGUGUCCAGAACCCUGGCCAGUAUGUUAUUAUGUUUCCAGGAUCAUAUUACUCUGCUGUAGACUGCGGCUUUAACUGUUUGGAGAAAGCAAAUUUUGCUCCCCUUGAUUGGUUGCCCCAUGGGGAUAUUUCUGUUCAGCAGAAUCAAGAGAAGAGUAGAAAAUCUUUGAUAUCGUAUGAUAAGCUAUUAUUAAGAGCUGCAACGGAAGCUGUGAAAUGCCUUAAGGAACAUAUUUUGACCACGAAAAACGCUGCAAGGGAAGCUGAGGAAAAUUCUUUGACCAAGAAAAACACAGCAGACAGUAUGAGAUGGAAAAAAGCUUGUGGUAAGGACGGGUUAUUUUCCAACAUUGUCAAGUCACGGAUCAAUCAGGAGAAAAGCAGACGUGAGUUCCUUAGCAAUUCUCUAGAAUCUAAAAGGAUGGACAAGAGUUAUGAUGCUGUGAGCAAGAGGGAAUGCUGUGUAUGUUUUGCGGAUUUGUAUCUUUCAGCUGUUCAGUGUUCAUGUUCCGCUGAUCGUUACUCGUGUCUGAGCCACAUGAGGAAGCUCUGUGCCUGUCGGUGUGACAAGAAGAGUUUUCUCUAUAGGUACACAAUCGAUGAGCUGAAUAUUCUCGUAGAUGCGUUGAUGGAUAGUAAACUCAGCCUGAUGUUCAGAUGGGGAAACAUAGAUCGAACCUACAGUGCUUCCCCGGUGGUCAUGACAAGUCCACAAACCGAAGACAAAUGCAAGAAAACGGAUGAGAUUACGCCCAGUGACAACACGAGGAAAGAUUUUGCAGCUGAAAGUAAGGAUCAGACGAAAGCUAGAGUAAAGGCGAGAUUGAUGGUUGAUAUAUUGAAUGAUGAUGAAAAGGGGCCUGUGAAAGCUUGUUCUAAGAAAUCAACCAGACCAUGCAAUUCUUCUGAGGUCAACACGGCAAAGAAACAGAAGCAGUGA